UAAUAGAUAGAUGUAGUAACGAUGUAAUUGGUUCACAAUUCCUUACAUUCCUAUUGGCACCUGAUUUUGAGCAACCUCUUAGACAAGCACUGAGGAAGGGUAAAUAUUGCAAAAGACUAAAGGAACAUAUAGGGUUUGCUGAUCAAAAAUUCCCAGAGGAAGACUGUAGCUCGUUACUCUGGAUAUCCCCAAUGAGGUUUGUGGAUUCGCGGGCCGAUAGGUCGCUUUAUAAUUGGGUGGUUCGGAAGAGGUUACCCCCUCCUGCGUCCUGUAAUCAGGGGGAGAAGGUGACGGAGGAAGAUGGCCCAAAUCAGCAUAUCCUUGCAUGCCUAGAGGUGGAGAAGAAGAU